CAAAAUUUCAAGAUACUCUUUUAUUAAGUCAUUUAAAAAUCUUUUGAAUUCAAAUCCAAAUUGGCUUUUGGUCCAACAACAUCAGCCAGGAUCUUUCAUUGAUUAGCAACACCCUUCACCCUCGUAUGAUAUAAACGUGAAUAAAAAGUAGACGCAAACAUAAGAACGAAGCUCAGAAUUAAGUGUUAACAAUUCACACAGGAAAUGGGUUUUUUAUCGUUGUUUGAGGUGGCAUCAAUGCCAAUAUUGGAGGUGUUGUUGCUGAGUGCAAUUGGAGCAAUUAUGGCUACCGAUUACUUCAAUAUUCUCUCUAGCGAUACUCGAAAGUCACUAAAUAAGAUUGUUUUCGUGGUGUUUACUCCCUCGCUUAUUUUUGCUAGUCUUGCAAAAACAGUCACCCUCGAAGACAUUAUCUCAUGGUGGUUUAUGCCAAUAAAUAUUGGAAUAACAUUUCUUUGUGGAGGAAUAUUGGGGUGGAUUGCAGCAAAACUAAUUAAACCAAAACCACAUUUAGAGGGCCUGCUCAUAGCUAUGUGUUCCACAGGAAAUCUUGGAAACAUGUUAUUGAUAAUUGUCCCUGCAAUAUGCACGGAGGGUGGCAGCCCUUUUGGAGAACAUAGUAUCUGUAAAUCCAAAGGACUCUCAUAUUCAUCAUUCUCAAUGGCGUUGGCUAGCUUAUACAUUUGGACAUACACUUACCAGUUAAUAAAAAGGUCAGGUUCAAAGUACAUGAAAGAAGUCGAGGAAUUACCACAAGAACCCAACAAAGACUUGAAUGCAAAUGAAAAAACUUCCCUUCUAAAUGGAACAAGCCAAGAAUAUAUUGAUGUAGUUGUGCCAUUAUCAUACGCGACUAGUGAAGACACACAAAUACAACCCAGUGUAAAAAAGGAUGAGAAGAAAGACGAAUCUUUCUCAGGUAAACUAGUGGAUAUACUCAAUGUAUUAUUGGAAAAACUCAUGGCACCUCCAACCCUUGGUUCUAUUGUAGGACUGAUAUUCGGGGCAACCCCAUGGCUGAAAAAGCUUGUGAUUGGUGAUGAUGCUCCAUUACGAGUGAUCCAAGAUUCAGUCACCCUACUUGGCGAUGCAACGAUACCUUGUAUCACUCUUAUACUAGGAGGAAACUUAAUACAAGGUAUGAGGAGGGCAAGCAUUAGACCUAUUAUCAUCAUCACAAUCAUUUGUGUACGUUUUGUGAUUCUUCCCAUGGUUGGAAUCCUUGUGAUCAAAACAGCUGCUCGUCUGGGAUUACUUCCUGAUGACCCGCUUUUCAGUUUUGUGCUAUUGAUUCAGUACACAGUGCCACCGGCCAUGAAUAUCAGUACAAUGACACAAUUGUUCAAUGUGGGACAAGAGGAAUGUUCAGUUCUGACAAUGUGGAGUUACUUAGCUGCAGCAUUUGCACUUACUGGAUGGUCAACAGUGUUCAUGUGGAUCUUGACAUCAUCAUCAUGAUUGUAUGCAUCAUUUUUAUAGACAAAAAGAAAAACAUAGUUAAUGUUUACAUAUUUUUUAUUUUUUUAUUAAAUUUAUGUAUUAU